UCCAUGCAGGAUCUAGAACGCCCACAUGUGCAUAACUGGGGAAUAGAGCUGGAGACCCUGCGCGAUGCCUUCCGCCCACAACCCUCAGUUUGGAGGACUGCCCGGGGAGAGGCUGGCGAAAGAAAGGGAAGGCUUGUAGAGUGCCUUGGAAGUCAGAGGAAAGUUUUGGAGGGCGUGCUCCUCUAUGCAGUCACCCCUGGUUCCUCUCCUAAUCUUUUCACACAGAGGGAUCGAAUGUUGUAAAUUUAGAGUGCUUUGUAGCAUGGCAUGGUGGAAUAGCUGAUCCCCAGUCGUUACAAAGAGAUGAUUUUAGGUCAGAGCCUGGGUUUUAUUUACUUCGCUUGUGUGGAGAGCAAAAAACAAACAAACAAAAACAACAAGAACAACAAAACCGCUUUGUCAAGUGUCUUGGCAAAUCUUCCUUUCUUCACGUAAGAUGUGUAUUGGCGGCAGCCGUGGGAGGUCCAGACACAGGUGGCCAUGGAACUCGCUGGUAAUAGAGGACACAUCUCUUAAGUGGGUUGCUCUAAGAACUGAUGCCUAAACCAUCUCAGCAUGGCGUAUAAAGGAGAAGGUGGGCAUGGCCAGCCUCCCUCAGCUACACUCUCUCAGAUACUGUCAUGCGUGCCCAUGUGAAGAGACCACCAAACAGGCUUUGUGUAUCGUCUCAUUCAAUUUUUACAGCAGCCAUAAGAAGGAAAUGGUCAUAUCUCAUUUUACAGAUCAGAACACUGAGGCUCAGAGAAGUUAACUACUCCGAAGUCAUAUAGCCAGUAUUUUCUGGAGCUGGAAUUCAAAUCAGAUGUGUUCAAUACCUUCUACUACCCCAUUGCUGUCUUUAUGAAAAGAAAUUUCAUUUCAAUAUAGGUGACUAUGCAGCCUGCAAUUCAAGUAUGGUUUGGAGAAGAUCUGCCUCUAAGUCCUCGGAGUCCUCUGACUCCCAGACACGGACCAGGAUUGGCUAAUGUUUGUCAGUAUGAUGAGUGGAUAGCUGUGAGGCAUGAAGCCACUUUGUUGCCCAUGCAAGAAGAUCUGUCAAUCUGGUUAUCUGGUUUAUUAGGUAUUAAAGUUAAGGCAGAAAAAUUAUUGGAAGAACUUGAUAAUGGAGUACUAUUAUGUCAACUGAUUGAUGUUCUUCAAAACAUGGUGAAAACAUGCAACUCUGAAGAAUCAGGGAAUUUUCCAAUGAGAAAAGUGCCCUGUAAGAAAGAUGCUGCAUCAGGUUCAUUCUUUGCUCGGGACAAUACCGCAAACUUCCUUCACUGGUGUAGGGACAUUGGGGUUGAUGAAACUUACCUCUUUGAAUCGGAAGGUUUAGUUUUGCACAAAGAUCCAAGACAGGUGUAUCUUUGUCUUCUUGAAAUUGGUCGAAUUGUGUCAAGAUACGGGGUUGAGCCACCAGUGUUAGUAAAACUUGAGAAAGAAAUUGAGUUAGAAGAGACUUUGCUUAAUACUUCUGGGCCUGAAGAUUCCAUCAGCAUUCCAAAAUCGUGCUGUCGGCAUGAAGAGCUACAUGAAGCUGUUAAACAUAUUGCUGAGGACCCUCCUUGUAGUUGUUCUCAUCGAUUUUCUAUUGAGUAUUUAUCUGAAGGACGGUACCGACUAGGGGAUAAAAUACUCUUUAUAAGAAUGCUUCAUGGAAAACAUGUCAUGGUUCGCGUUGGUGGAGGCUGGGAUACUCUUCAAGGAUUUUUGCUUAAAUAUGACCCCUGUCGAAUAUUACAGUUUGCCACACUAGAACAAAAAAUUUUAGCAUUUCAAAAAGGAGUUUCUAAUGAAAGUGUACCUGAUUCGCCUGCCAGAACACCUCAGCCUCCUGAAAUGAAUCCUUUGUCAGCAGUUACCAUGUUUCAGAAACAAAAUUCAAAACCCAGCGUGCCAGUUAGUAUUCCAAAAAGCAAAGAAAAACAGGGACGUCCACCAGGUGCAUUGGUGCCAGCAUCUUCACUGAAAGGAGGUAAUCUGGGCUCUAUGUCAGUCCGUUCUAAAUUGCCAAAUUCUCCCGCAGCAUCUUCUCAUCCCAAGCUCAAGUCUUCAAAAGGCAUAACAAAGAAACCGCAGGCUCCUUCAAACAAUGCAUCAUCUUCACUUGCUUCAUUAAAUCCAGUAGGUAAAAACACUUCUUCACCAGCUUUACCAAGAACUGCACCUUGUAUAUCUGAGUCACCAAGAAAAUGUAUUUCAUCCCCCAAUACCCCUAAGGCCAAGGUUAUUCCAGCCCAGAAUUCAGCAGAUGUGCCUGAGUCUACACUUUUGCCAAAUAAGUGUUCUGGAAAAACUCAACCUAAGUAUUUGAAACAUAAUCAUAUUUCUUCCAGAGAUAAUGCAGUAUCUCACUUAGCUGCACAUUCAAAUUCAUCCUCAAAGUGUCCCAAGCUACCAAAAGCAAAUACACCUGUAAGACCUAAACCUUCUUUCCAGUCCUCUGCAAAAAUGACAAAACCCAGUUCCAAAACCUUACCCACGGGUCUAGGAACACAGUCUCAACCAUCCGAUGGAGCCCCACAAGCAAGGCCAGUCCCAGCACAGAAACUUAAAUCGGCCUUGAAUUUAAAUCAGCCAGUUUCUGUGUCCUCAGUUUCUCCUGUAAAAGCUACACAGAAAUCAAAAGAUAAGAAUAUAGUUUCAGUUACCAAAAAGCAGCCUCAGAAUAAAAGUACAUUUCAGAAGACAGGACCCAGCUCCUCGAAGUCUCCUGGCCGUACCCCACUGUCCAUCGUGAGCCUUCCCCAGUCUUCUACCAAAACACAAACUGCACCGCAGUCAGCACAGACUGUCGCUAAGAGCCAGCAUUCAACUAAAGGGCCUACCAAAAGUGGCAAAACCCCAGCUUCAACCAGGAAACCAGCUUCAUCUCUUAAGGAUGCAGAUAGUGGAGAUAAAAAACCUACUGCAAAGAAAAAGGAAGACGAUGACCAUUAUUUUGUCAUGACUGGAAGUAAGAAACCUAGAAAAUAAAUACAUAGUCAUAAAAAAAGAGAAAAGGAAGAAUGAAUUUGUUAGCUUCCCGUCUUAAAAGUUUCUCCUAUUUGUGUCUGUCUAAAUAGGUGCAGACACUAAGGAUAGUGAGGAUGGAGGCUGGGAUGAGGAAAGGGUUCAUCAGAAUUCACAUAUCUGAAUUCACCAGAAGGAGCCCUUCUGAAGCAAACAGUUGUAAAAUCACUGCAAGGUUUUUAUUAAUAAUAGACAUGUGUAUGAUUUUCAGUCUAUAGCAUCUUUGUUAACCAUCUGCCUUUUGCAGGAAAUGUAAAAGUUAUUUAACACUACAAGAAUUUUAACAAUAGUUGCUCUAUUUUUGAAUAUGUAUUAAAUAUGGAGUUCAUAUACCUGCUAAUAUCAACGGUGGUGCUCUUACUAUUAGUUAAUUGCAUUUUGGUUAAAAAAAAAAAAAAAAGCAAUGGUUUGGCACUUGUCCUACAGAAGGCACCUAAUUUAAUUUUCUGAUCAGGAUUGCCUGAUCCAACAAUACUAAGUCAUGGCUGCUGCUGACUAGCUUGGCAUUACUCUGUGUUAGGUAGAAUUCUUAUUAUUUAUUUUUUUUGAAGCUUUCCAAAUCGGAAGGAACUGAUUGUUUCACAUGGCUUAUAUUUACAUUGGUAAUAUUUUGUCACCAAUAUUUUUGGUUAAAAAAAAAUCCAACAAAUUAACUUACUGAAAUAUAAACAAAUAUUGUAAACAAUUUUUUAUAUUAUGUAUAAAAACUUAGACACCUUAUGUUUCACAUGUUGUGCAAUGUGACAGGGGAAACUGAUUUAGUAGCUUUUAGCAUAUUAAAAAUAAUUUUUUAUAAUUUCCUGUGAGUGCAGAUGUGACAUUUUACAUUAAAAUAAUGUGAAACAUCAGAAUUAUGUUUUAACAACUUUAAAAUUAAGAUGAUAUUAAAAUAAUUUUAGAGUUAUGCUAUGUAAAAAUUCUAUCAUGAAAUUAUUUUUCUCUAGAUAGCACAAUACCAAUUUUAAUUAAUUUCUUCCAAUUAGGUUACUUUUCUUUAAUAAAGUUAUGCUGCCUUCAGUUUUCCAAUGGCAAGUAGACAGGAUAUGUUCAAGGUUUUCUGCACUGUAGGCACACUCUCUCAAGAAGCAUAUCCCGAUCAUGUAAUGACUGCAUAAACGCCAUCAACCUAAGGUGAUACUUGUAAAUAAUUUAUUUUUAAGGGAUGGUGACUAUUUAAAAAUUAUUAAUGAACUUUGAGAAGUUUUAAGAGUGUUUUUAGUAACUUCACAGUAUUGCCAAUUAUCGUAGGUUAUUCAGUAUUCAGGUUUGUGUUUCUCUGUUGUAAACUAAAAUGUGUUUUCUGAAGAAAAAAAUAAUAGUUUACACAAAUGUACAAUCAUAGAAUAAGCAUUUUAAGCUGGCGACUAGUGUUCUAUAGAUUACAAAGCAAGAAAACUUUCUAUGAAGAUAAGUGAUCUUUUGCCUGAAGAGUACAGAUAAAAUCAAAGAUGUGUGCAGGCUAGUUUUUGGAAGAAUUGAUGCUUCUCUUCUUUAAAGAGACAGUCACCAAAUACUUGGUUUAACUCGACUAUUGACUUGGGCAUUGAGAGAGAUGAUAUAUACAUCUUUGGAAAGUGAAGUCAAUGUUCAAGAGGUGAUAGAAGCUUUACUUCUUAGUGAUCAGAAAUAUUUAGUGCAUCUUUUCAGACAGGAAGAAUUCUAUCAUCAAGUAUUCCCUUAUAAAACCAAGUAACACUUCUUUAUCAGUAACUUUUAGGACUUAAAGCAAAAAGUAAAUGGAAUUGUAAUCAACCUAUAAAUCCUAGUAGAUUUUACAAUAUGUAAUUUAUGUUGUUUUUAGUAUAUAAACACUAAGUUUUGUGUUCAGUGUGAUCAGGAAUAAAAGUAUCCCACAGGCAUCUGACACAAAUUCCAGAAUUAGCCAAAGAAUUGUUUAUUUGAGGCCAGGCAAUCGCAGCAUUUUGGGAAGCCAAGUUGGGCGGAUCACGAAGUCAGGAGUUUGAAAUCAGCCUGACCAACAUGGUGAAACCUCUUCUCUA